AUGGAGAUAAGAUCACCACCAGCCAACAAAGGAAAGGUGCACGGUUCAUUGGCUCGGGCGGGUAAGGUGAGAGGUCAGACACCGAAAGUGGCUAAGCAGGACAAGAAGAAGAAGCCACGUGGCCGUGCUCACAAGCGUUUGCAACACAACCGCCGUUUCGUCACCGCCGUUGUUGGCUUUGGCAAGAAGAGAGGACCAAACUCAUCAGAGAAGUAGACAUGAACUAUUUUACCUUUUGAAUGUAGUUUUCUGAUUAUUUGAGCGGCUAAUCGAUGUUGUUGAGCCAAUGUUUUUAAUCGGUUUUAUUUGUUACAUCAGUUUCUCCUCGGAUUAUGUACCAUGGGUUCUUGGAUUAGUG